CGUGCAGUUUCAUAGUCAUAUGACAGCCCGCACUUCCUGUAGACGCUGUGCACAUAGCAGCUGGUGGAACAGCAACCGCACUCUGUUUAUUUCCGAUUGUUUGUCGAUAUCAAGAUGUUAGCGCUCAUAAACCGACUUUUGGACUGGUUUAGGUCCCUCUUUUGGAAGGAGGAGAUGGAACUGACUCUGGUGGGACUUCAGUAUUCUGGGAAGACCACCUUCGUCAACGUGAUAGCUUCAGGCCAGUUCAGCGAGGACAUGAUCCCCACAGUGGGCUUCAACAUGCGAAAGGUCACCAAGGGCAACGUAACCAUAAAGAUCUGGGACAUAGGGGGGCAGCCGCGCUUCCGGAGCAUGUGGGAGCGUUACUGCCGAGGAGUCAACGCCAUCGUGUACAUGGUGGACGCUGCAGACCGUGAAAAAAUCGAGGCCUCCAGAAAUGAACUGCACAACCUUUUAGACAAACCUCAGUUGCAAGGAAUCCCGGUGCUAGUGCUAGGGAACAAACGAGAUCUUCCCAGUGCUUUGGAUGAGAAGCAGCUUAUUGAAAAAAUGAACCUGGCAGCUAUUCAGGACAGAGAGAUCUGCUGCUACUCAAUUUCCUGUAAAGAGAAGGAUAACAUAGAUAUCACACUGCAGUGGCUUAUCCAGCACUCAAAGUCCCGGAGGAGCUGAGAGCAAAGCCCUGUCCUGUUCCCUUCUCCUGGCUCCUCCCCUACCACCCCCUCCCCACCCCCCCCCCCAAGUCCCACUGGCCAUACCAUUCCCGCCCUGUCUCCCAUUACUUACCCAGUGAUGAUGUCAUGCUCCCACCUGGCUGCGUGGUCGCUCUCUCGUUCUCCGGUUCUCAGUUCCUCUCACACCUCCUUCCCUCCACAGCCCACACACACCCAGCUCACAGCAUGUCUCACACCCUGCUAAAGAUACGGGCAGCCAGAUGCUGCCUGCCCCCAACAGCUCUCCACAGUCCCAGAGUUGUCAUGGUACUGUCACCAGGGAAUCUGAGUGCCCUCUGCCUGUUGCAUGCUAAAUUGCCACUGCAGAAAAGACUUCUCCGUAGGGGUUAUUGGUCCUGCACCCAGAUCCAUUUCAUGCCACUUGGGCCUGGCGUGAGGUGGGGAUGGGCUUUGCCCUUUCUGGACCUGUUGCCUUGAAACAGGAAGCGUUUUAUGAAUUGUUCCCCUCGGCCAGUCCAAUUCAGACAUGUUGUAGGCGCGGUAAAGCUGUCCCCAAACACUAACAAAAGCUCAGAAGUAGUAAAAUAAUUAGAAACAUUUAACAAAUACUGGUCUUUACCCAAGUGAGUAUGUGUAUUAUGAAUGUAGAAACUGUAAGCAUGAAUGUAGUAUAAUGGACAUGAGGCAAAACUGCAUAGGCUGAACCAGUUUGGGUUGCUGAGUUUAAAGUGCCUUCUGCAAAUGCUUUGUCCUGUGAAACCUGGUGUACCUAAGCCAUGUGUUCAUUGACAAAAGAACUCACGUUGAAAAAUAGGUAACAUUCAAGAAAUGGAGAAAGGCACAUUUUAAUUAGAUUCUACUCUUUUUCCAUUGACAUUUACUCCUCCAGGUGGACGGCCUCUUUUCUGUGGAUGUAUUGUGACAACUCUGGAGAUGCCCCUUUGUAUUUAAUGCACUUAUGUAAAUAAGCUGAACAGAUGGAAAUUGUGCGAUGCAAUGUUCACAGUGUGAUGUAUAAAGCACAAGCUAGUGUGAAUGAAGUGCUGGAGCUGGAUGCUAUAGCUUUGCUUUCUUACUGGGGAAUAUGAAUGAGGGCUUCUUGCCCUGAGUUCACAGCGCUGUCUGCUCCUUUUUAGAUGCCUAGAUAGAAAAAAAGCCUGCGGAUGGAAUGCCAAUCAGCCAGCCAGUCAGCCAGUCGGUCAGCCAGUCAGUCAGUCAGCCAGUCUCACAGUGGUAAGUCUGGGCCAUACUCAGUCUGUCAGUCAGUUGAUCAGCGAGUCAGUCCCAUAGUCUGUCAAACUCAAAGUUGGUCCGUCAGUCAGUGUCAUAGCCAGCAGAUCCGGCCCAUAAUCAGUCAGUGAGUGAGUCAGACACUCAAUCACACCGCUCAUGUAGCCAUGUGGUCAUCUUCACUGCCGGUCGGUCAGCCAGUUCUGCAGUCUGUAACCUGUGAAUGUGUCGAUUAUAGGCCACAAUGAUGCCUCGUGGUCUGAGAGCUUAUGCUAGCUAAGUUGUGCUGGAUGUUCCGCCAUAAUGCCUUACUGAACUGCUCAAGGUCUGUGGAGCUAUUGAGCCUUAUUGAGAGACGCUUCUGUCUGUCGUGAGCGUUUCACUGGAACGGUCAUCCUUUCAAACUGAGCUGGCCUCAUCACACCGAGUGUUUUAGACAACCUGAUCUCUGACAGCCUUACACAACUGGAUGUUUUGCACAUAUCCAUCGCUGUUCCCUGUCAGAUCAGGCCUGCUCCCGUUUCUGCACCAACUUUAGCAAUGGCUGUUAUGUUUGUUCAGAUUCUGUGAAUGGAAUCCUUAAUCUGAUGUGAAGUCCUCCCUACUCAUUCAGGGCGAAUCGGUCAUUGUUUGUCUCACACACUGGAGCACGGAACCCUUUAGAUAGAAUUACCUUCUUGGAGUUUUAUUAGUCAUUUUUCGAAAGAGUCUUUGUGCUGUCCGUUUUGGCCUGUUUGGGUGUUUUUCUGGGACACUGAGAUGAACAGAUCUGUCGGACAGGUGAGGUGAGGUGUGGAACCACGGUGCCAUUGCAGCUGAAAAUUACAAUCAUGUAUGCUGAACGAAAAUGCUCAAGUUGCAGUGAAAUGAAAACUUUCAGAAAGAAGACUUUCUGUAGUCAAAUGCAAGAAACGGUUGGCAGUUUUUAUUCAUUCAGGGUGAGAGGUAGUCUGGUUCACUUUAUUAGGAGCGUUAAUAUUGAUAUGUCCUGUAUGCAGUACAGCUUACUCUGCUCACUCUUUUACACCAUCCAUUUAGACUGUACUUGGCUGGAAGCUCAAGCAUUACUGAAGCAAUUCAGGUUUAGCGGAGAGUUCAGGGAUGGGAUCCCGCCCUUGCCAGGGAUUUGAACCUGGGUCCUUCCGGUUGAAAGGGUAGUUGUUUCAGCUUCCUGUCUACCUGCUGCUUGGGUUUGGCAUUUGAGGGGGGAGAGGAUGUGGAGGUGGGAAGAAAAGGCCCAGGAGCUCAGACUGCCCCCCGUGUUCCAGGAGCAGGUGCGAUUAGCCACUUCUGGGGACCUGCUUCGAGGAGACCAGCCCCAGUACUCCAGUUCCACAGCCGCUGGGAAAGCUGUGCUUGAAUCUCUUCUUUACGGAAUUUAACAGAUUCCUGACUUCAUCAGACUUACUGAACUGGCUCUUGUUUGUGGGGCUUUUUGUUUUAGCUUUUUUAACAUUGAAUAUAUGUAAAUAUUUUUCACUGUACGUGUAAAACUGGAGGUCGUGAUAUUUAUAGACAUGGUGCCGCCAUGAUUGCCCAUGCUUUGCCAGCUUUACUGGAGUAUCUUGCUUAAAAAACAUCGCCAAUCCGGUUGUAAUGGUGCAUAGUCACAAUUAUAGGCUUGCUGGACAUUUGCUGAACAUCUUUUUAAAGCGUAUUUGGACCGAUAAUUCAAGCCAAUGAUGUGUAUCAGCACAGAUGAGUGUUCUUAUUGCCUGUGCAUUUUCAGGAACCCAUAUGGGUGUCCUUGAUCAGAAUGACAGUGUGGGCAUAGAACCCUAUGGAGAGGUGAAGUGCUCAGACGGCAGUCUUGCUCAUUGUAGCAUGGGAAGCCAUGUGACUCCACUAAAAGCGCGCUUUAUCCUGUUAACACUGAACUUUAGGGGCUUCUCCUCCAUUCUCCGAUGUGUGCUCUAUUGUGAGGCACCUCUCCUAUGCCUAGGCCUAGUGAUGCAGUGCUGCUAUCGUGUGCUUAAUGUGGGGACCAGGUGUUGUUGGAGAGUAACUGGGGCCGUGUGGGUAAAAGCUUGUGUAUCUGGUGUUGAGCUACAGUGCGUAACCACCCUCUGCAUUUUACCGAAAUCUUACACUAUUACAAAAAACGAGAGGCUCAUUCUCCCCUAUGUGUUUGUGACUGCAUGUGCGAAACCCAGAUUCAUUCACUUAUAGACUUUGUAAAUAAGAAAUGUUAACAUUUUUAUUCAGGUGAACGCUGUUGUCUGUGUUUCUUGCAUUUUUUGUUUUUGUCUCUUGACUGCUUAAUAAAUUUUGGGUUUUUGAGGGUGA